CAGAGACGCCGCUUGGGUCAAGGGCGCCAACUCUUGCAGUUGCCAUGCCCAGUGGUCGUGUCGCGGCCGCGCCGCCCAUUGAACCGUUUGGGCCAUCGUCGACCCAGCCAGCGGCGGCGCUUCUGUCGAUACCGAGUGUCCGUCGAUCUCUCGAGGUCCUUGGGAUGCUCUACGUCGUCGGGUCCAUGGCCCUGAGCGUGUACGUCCUCGGCGUCUUUGCGACGUACCUCUCGACCGACUAUGUGUGGCCCGACUUGUCUGCGUCCGGCCCCAUCGUCGUUGCGCUCUUCAAUAACGAGCUCGCGCUGCGUGGCAAUGGGCCCCUGGACCUCUUGUCCACAUCGUACGUUUCCGGGCUCCGGGGCACGAGCCCCGCGUACCCUCGACUGAUCAUGUACUCGACGCUGACGUCCUUAACGGACGGUGUCAAGGGGCUUCGCCGCCUGCGCACGCGCCAAGUGGUCAAGAUGGUCACGCCCUACUGCUGGGCCGAUCUUGCAAAACGCUGGGAAAUGGCCUACACGCUGAAGCGCCAAGCGCGCUGUGCCAUGUACGAUGGCACCAAUGGCGCGGUGCACUUGGAGACGGUCUUGCGCAACAUCAACUUUGCCGCUUGGCUCGAGAAUACGCAAGGCAAGUUUGCAUCUGCCAUCGGCAACCCGAUCGCGGCCAGCAGCGCGGAUGGCGCCCACUGGCUUGCAGCGCUCAAGACGCAUACAUGGAGCUCGGUCGACGCGGAAGUGGCGCUGUGGUCCCAAGCAAAUUUGACGCAUUUUACGCUGCAGUACGGCACCGGCUUUGGUAUCGGGAUCACCGAGACCAUUCUGGUCGAGAACGCACUUGGGCAGCAGCUGCCCAUGACGAUCAAAGCCAUUUUGGCAACGAAUCGCUGGACCUUUCGGACCACUGGGAUUCUCUACAAUUUGCUGUACGAUGACUUGUAUGCGAUUGGGACCAAUCAAAGUCUCGUACGGGGCACUGCUAACUACUUUGCGAACAUUGACAAGGACCAGAUCGAGCGCUACAUCCAGGGACUGCCGCUCGGGCCGGUCGAGCAGGCGCUUCACGACUCGAUUGGUCCGCUCGGGAUCAUUGACGUCAAGUGGGUCCCGCCGCCGCAAAGUUUGCUCCUCGCUGUCGACAGCUUUGAGAAAACCGUUUACGCGACGCAUGCGAAUUCACUGCCAAUAUUGUCAUCGUCUCGCCGGACGAUGUUGCCGACCCCACCGCACUUUGCCGACCCCACUCUGCGCUUCUACUCGGGCAAUCCCAUGUGCACGUUUGGCGUCCCACUCCCGUUCGUGCAGCAGACGUUUGGAUUCGACGACGUCUGCGGCAGCCAGACGCCGCUGACCGUCGAGUGGCACCUCAUUCCCGCCCUCUUUUCGCUCUGGCUGCAUGACGGCGUCGCGUCGACCUCGGACGUCUGCGCGGUGCUGCCUCCAAGCGAAUGGGGCGUUUGCGCAACCCUACUCGCCGACGUUAAACAGGCCUACACGGCACUCGCGUGGCCGGCGCCACCGGUGUCGGUGCGCGAUGACGUUGCGGCGCUACGCGUCGGGCUGCUUCAGAUCUUGGAGCGCAACGGCACGAUCCAAGUGGACGAAGCGCUCCUGCUCGCGCCAAACUUUAGUGUACUUGGGUGGAUGUACCUCUUGGACUGGGCGCUCAAUGCGCGCGAAGUCAUCUCAGUCCAAGGCGACGUCGGAACGUUCACCAUUGUGUCAUACCUGUACACGCCCAUCGUUGAUGCCGCGCUGCCGCCGCUCGCCGGUCUCGGACCGUACCUCUCGACACUUGCAGCGCUUCCGACAGUGACGCUAUUGGCUCUCGUUGUCGUCCUGCUCAUCGUGCGGCUCGGUCAACAUACUCGAGGGACCAGUGCCGACUGGGUCGCCUUCUACCCGGUGGGCGCCUCGAUCUGGGUGAGUCGCAACGUGCUCGUGGUCCGCAGCGUCGCUGCGAUUCUCUGCCUCAGCACGGUGCCACUGCAAGCGACGACACAAGACGGCCUUGCGCGCGUCGCUCUCUCGCCCCGGCCUCUCUGGCUCUCGGGUAUUUUGGCCGGCGAGUCGAUUUGGCUCAUUUACGCCGCGCAGUACGUCUGCUUGCCGCUGUACAGAGAUGCUACCGCGCUCCCGUUCGCAGCUGGCAUUGCAUGGGCCAUCGUGCUCGCUCUCGAUCACACUGCGCCGCUGACGCCGUCGGCACUCCUCUCUCGGUCGUGCUACGCUGUCAACAUGGACUACAUGACGUAUUGCGCGAGUGGCCUCGUCCGCAUCGGCAGCGGUGUCCGGUGCUUCACGAUCGUAUGUAUUCAUGCGAGCUCGGUGCUCGCGACGCUUUUGCUUGCUGCGCGACAGAACCAAGCUCCUCGACGGCCGUACUCAGCGACCAACGGCUUGGUGCCGCUGCCAGCGCUGUUGUUUCUUCACGAGAUCGAUGACGCUAGCCACCACGAGCUGCGUCCGGUGGCCGCGAUACUCUGCGGCAUCUUCCCGUUCACGUUCCGUGGUAACGCCUAUGUGUUUGACGUGAAGCUCUGGUUGCUCUUGCAUCACGAUGACUUUGGCUGUAUCACGGCCAGCGGCGGCAUCGCCACCGUGCUUCCGUUUCACGCACCGUCGCCCGCGAUGAAGAUGCAGAAAAGCGAUCUGCUGAUGCCCAAGGUGUUGCCGUUCUGGACACGCCUCGUUGCCAAGCAGGUGGUCCAGCAAGUUCUGCGCCUGCUCGGGCUUGUCUACUUGGGUGGCACGCUCUGGAGCAACGUGGCGUACCUCGACGUGCUUCAGCGCGCCAUGGCCAACGACUUUGGUUGGGCCGGCUUCAAUACCACCGGUGCGCACCUGUUUUUGGCCAAUACACUCAACCGACAACUGCUCUCAACCUCGAGCGCGGCGCUCACAUUGGAGGACGCGGCGCUCGGAGAUCCGUUCCAAGGUUACGACGGAAGCGCCAACACAGUGUCGUGGUACCCCACGGUCGCGCGCCGGUACCUCUUCAACACCUCGGCGCCGCUCCUGGAGCUUAUUCAAGGCCUCCGCUCCAUGGACCCGUGUCAACUCCCAUGGAUGUUUACGCAAUACUGCUACCUCGACUUGGAUCGGGUAUGGGAGAUGGCGAGUACGUCUCGGCGGCAAGAACGGUGCCAAGCAUGGACCAGCAACGGCGCCGUGUUUCUCGAGUCGAGUCUGCGCAAUCUCCGGGACUGGAGUGCGUGGGAUGCCUGCUGGGGGGACUCAUUUGCGAUUGGCUUUGGUCAGUACCUCACGACAUCGUCUGCCGGGCGAGCAUGGCUGCAAACUGUGCGAGCCAACGCGCUGUCGUCAUCGGACGAAGCGGCCUACUGGCAGCGCCAUGGCAUUUCGUAUUUUCUGCUCCAGUGGCAAAACUUCAAGGACACGGGACUGAUGGACGACAUGGUCAUCAUGAAUGCGUUUGGCGUCGCGUACCAUUUACCGCUCAGCCAGCGCCGGGGCGUCCUCCAUCUCGACCACCAGACGUCGCACCGCAUGUACUGGUCGCUCGCCAGCGACCUCUGGGCGCUCAGCGCAAAUCACACGCUUAUCACCGGCACGUCGUUGCUCCGUAGUGCACCCAACUACGCGUUCACCAACACUUCGAGCGCGUCUCUCUUGUUUCAGAACCUCACGCUGCACGCUCCCCUACGCAGCGGCCUUGCGCUCCUUGAAGCGACGCUCGGCCCCUUUGGCGCCGUCGACAUGAUCUAUGUGAGCGUCCCGAGCUCGCUCUUGGCGUUGUUUGACCGGGUGAAUCGCGCGAUCGCAAACGUCGCGCUGACGACACCGGCGGCGCAGACAAUGCUGCAGUCGCUGCCGAUCAAGCAGUACAUUGGGCACGUACCCAAGGCGCUUUUGCAGAGCGUCGACGUCAGCAUUGUCGGCGGCAACCUCUUUUGCGGCAACGACAUUCCGGCGUCACCGCCCAGCGGCGCCUUGUACGCGCUCUUUGGGAUGGACUACCUCUGCUCGUGGUGGUACCACGAGUACAUGACGCCGUCGACGUCCGGUCUCUUGCUGGCGCUGCUCGGGUUUGACGGCGCCAAUGGUUUAACGUCCAGCGAUUUGGACGCGUUUUGCGCCAACGACGUGUACGUCGAAGACAAUUGUGUUGCGAUCUACGCAGCGUCAUAUAUGUUUAUCAAACAAUAUCUUCAGUCGAAGGAGCUCACGACACUUGCGACCGUAGCCGAGGCCGAGGCUCGCGCGCUGCAGAUUCACACCGUCCAGUACCUCUCGCACCCCAACGAUUCGGUGAGUUUGUACAAAAUCAACAUUCUCGACGCGACCGAGCGCAGCUGGAUCUUUUUUGGAUGGUGCUACCUCGCCGAGUGGGUCGUCGGGCAGCGCGAGGUCGUGGCAUUUCAUGGUGACAGCAGCAUUCUCACGGCGAUCUCGAGCCACACCAACCCGCUCUCGCUCGCGCUCACGCCGGACGACAUUCCGACACGCCUCUCGUACGUCUGUCAGCAGUGCGUCCGGUACAUUGCGGGCGUCUUCAUCGGCGUUGCUGGCGUCCUGGCGCUGUAUGCGUCAGUGGUGUGCCGCGGGUGCUUUGAGGGUAUGAACCUCUUUGCACUCAACCGGAUCGUCGGCGACGUUUACAUUGGCCGCACGCUCCUCAUUGUCCGCGGCAUCACGGCCGUUUGGCUCCUCAACACGCAGCCGCUCGUGCUCGCGGCCGUCGGCGUUGGCGCCCGCUUGACCGCGCCGCGCAUCUCGCUGUUCACGACAUUGCUUGCGUCGUCCGAGCUCACGUGGCUAGUCUACAUUGUCAACGACCUCUUCAGCUGCGUCACGCGGCAGCACACCACCCACUACUCGUGGAAGAGCUCGAUCUCGGUGUGGGCGCUUGCGACCCUCUGGACGCUGCUCUCGCCGCAAGGCUACAGCGCAUCGCUCGCGCGGAGCUGCGCUUAUGUGGACAUGGACUUGGAGCUACACUGCGUGAGCGGCUACAUCCGCAUCGGCGACGCCGGGCGACUGUUUGGCGACGUGGGUCUCGUGCUCGCAUGCGUCUUGAGCUGCGCGCUUGUCGAGCGAUGGAUGCAGCCGUCGCUCGUGCGGCCGCCUAUCCCGACGCUGCUCCUGAGCGCGUCGAGCUUUUACAUGCUGGAACUUGACCUCUGGACCAUCGACGGCAAGACGUACUUGGAUCGCAUGUCGGCGGCGAUGGCCGGGAUGCUCACGCUGCAAUGGCGCGAAGACUACGUCUAUGUGUUUGAUGUCAAGAGCUGGCGCCUCUUCUCGUACGAGCCCGAGCGGCAUCGGUUGGGCGACCGGUUCCGUCAAGCGAUCCCGCUGCACCGUCUCGGGUAGCUCUCUCGUGGAUGCGAAGAUGUUCCAACUCCAAUAGCACCAAGUAAUAGAUUUGCCUCGUUUGGACAGCG